GUGCGACCCGAGUGCCUGCUCCUGCUGCUCGGGCACGGCGCGUCGCCCUGCCUGCAGGACAGCGCCGGGAAUACCCCGCUCGACACCUUGCUGCAGCAGAUCUCCCACGCGCCGGCAGCUAACACGCGUGCCAAGCUCCUCUGCCUCGACUGCCUCUUCUUCUUCGUGCCUCAGGACCUCCAGUUCACAAUGAGACAGCAACUGUUGGACAACCGGCAGCGGUGGCAGGACCUCCUGGGGGUGAGCAGGUUCCAGUGCCUGGUGGGCUUAGCUCCCCCGUCACUGUUUGUCGGAGCCAUGCGUGUCUUGAUCAGGACCAUUUCACCUGAGCAUUUCCCAGAGGCUCUGGACAAUCUGCCCCUGCCUCAUUUUCUAAAGCCGUUGGACUUGAAACUGGAGAGCUAG